AAAAAAAAGAAAACAAAAUAAACGCAACAUCAAAUUAAAAAGAAAGAUACAAGACAACAACAACUGCCUAAAACAUGAAUAAUACAACUGAAAAUGCCACCAACCAAGCAACAGCAGAGAUAAUUGAUGACCAAACUUAUCUUCAUUUCACGAUUGCAGCUGCCAUUUGUUUAGUUUUCUGCCUUAUUGGCUUGGUAGGAAAUAUUGUCACAUUUUGGUACCUUUGCUUUAAAAUCAAGAGAAACAUGUAUAUAAUUUAUAUUAUUAACCUGUCAGUGGCUGACUUCAUCUUUCUGAUAUUUAGUGCAGCGGUGCUAAUAAUGUACAUUCAUACACUAAUGAAUCCAAAUCCAGACUUUCAAGGAAAAGACUCGUUUUCCAUAUUUCUGGAAAUCUUUUAUGACGGUGCUCAAUAUUCCGGAAUGUUCAUCCUCACAGCCAUAAGUCUUGAAAGAUGCCUCUCUGUCCUAUUUCCCUUUUGGUACCAAUACUAUCGGCCUCAAAAGUUGUCUACUUUCAUCUGUGCUGUAGUUUGGCUCAUGGGAUGCUCAGAGAGUCUCAUAGAAAACUUGGUGUGCACACAAGAAGGUUUUGUCAUACAGACUACAGAGUGUACAGCGAUUCAGAUCAUGAUUAUUGGCUUAUCCAUUGUUAUCUGCUUACCUGUCAUGGUCAUUUCAAGUCUCACGUUGCUCAUUAAAUGGAAGCAGAAGUCUAGUCGGCCCAUUCAAGAUGCCCUUGAAAGAGCCUUCAGAACAGAAAAUGAUGAAAACAAUUAUUCAAGAAGUAACCAAACAGGUAAAACAUCCAGCCAAACUCACCUUCCAAGAACUUUAUAAAUGAUUCUGCUAUAGUGGAGCUGCACUAUUAUAAAAAAAAUAACCAGCCCAAUACAACGGACAUGUUCAAUGGAUCAUUUUCACUUCAUUAUUUGGCCAAUCA